CGAGCGUCCGGACCGCGGGGCGGCCCUGCUGGGGGCGCGAGGGGGCGCGGAGCGCGCGGAGCCCGAGGCCCGCCAUGCCCCGCUGCCCCGUGCGGACCCGGGAUUCGCAGCUCCGCGGGGCCGCCGCGCGCUGCCGGCGGGUCUGAAACCUUCCACGAUGAACCGGAAGAAGGGAGACCGGGGCUUCGAGAGCCCGCGGCCGUACAAAUUAACCCAUCAGGUCGUCUGCAUCAACAACAUAAACUUCCAGAGAAAAUCUGUUGUGGGUUUUGUGGAACUGACUAUAUUUCCUACAGUUGCAAACUUGAAUAGAAUCAAGUUGAACAGCAAGCAAUGUAGAAUAUACCGAGUAAGGAUCAAUGAUUUAGAGGCUGCUUUCAUUUAUAAUGAUCCAACCUUGGAAGUUUGUCACAAUGAAUCAAAACAGCGAAAUCUCAAUUACUUUUCUAAUGCUUAUGCUGCUGCAGUUACUGCUGUUGAUCCUGAUGCAGGAAACGGAGAACUUUGCAUUAAGGUUCCAUCAGAGCUGUGGAAACACGUUGAUGAGUUAAAGGUCCUGAAGAUACACAUUAAUUUUUCUUUGGAUCAGCCAAAAGGAGGUCUUCAUUUUGUGGUACCCAGUGUAGAGGGGAGUAUGGCUGAAAGAGGUGCUCAUGUCUUCUCUUGUGGGUAUCAAAAUUCCACAAGAUUUUGGUUCCCAUGUGUUGAUUCAUACUCUGAAUUGUGUACGUGGAAAUUGGAAUUUACAGUAGAUGCUGCAAUGGUAGCUGUGUCCAAUGGAGAUCUGGUAGAGACAGUAUAUACCCAUGAUAUGAGGAAGAAGACCUUCCAUUAUAUGCUCACCAUUCCAACAGCUGCCUCAAACAUCUCUUUGGCCAUUGGACCUUUUGAAAUACUUGUAGAUCCAUACAUGCAUGAGGUAACUCACUUUUGUUUACCUCAACUUCUUCCAUUGCUUAAACAUACAACAUCUUACCUUCAUGAAGUUUUUGAAUUUUAUGAAGAAAUUCUUACGUGUCGUUACCCAUAUUCCUGUUUUAAGACUGUGUUCAUUGAUGAGGCUUAUGUUGAAGUAGCAGCCUAUGCUUCCAUGAGCAUUUUUAGCACAAAUCUACUUCACAGUGCUAUGAUUAUAGAUGAGACACCUCUGACUAGGAGGUGUUUAGCCCAGUCCUUGGCCCAACAAUUUUUUGGCUGUUUUAUAUCCAGAAUGUCUUGGUCUGAUGAGUGGGUGCUGAAAGGAAUUUCAGGCUAUAUUUAUGGACUUUGGAUGAAAAAAACUUUUGGUGUUAAUGAGUACCGUCAUUGGAUUAAGGAGGAACUAGAUAAAAUAGUGGCAUAUGAGCUGAAAACUGGGGGAGUUUUACUACAUCCUAUAUUUGGUGGAGGAAAAGAGAAGGAUAAUCCAGCAUCCCACCUACACUUUUCGAUAAAGCACCCGCAUACUCUGUCCUGGGAAUACUAUACUAUGUUUCAGUGUAAAGCUCACCUUGUGAUGAGAUUGAUUGAAAAUAGGAUCAGCAUGGAAUUUAUGCUACAGGUUUUCAAUAAGCUGCUAAGUCUGGCUAGUACUGCUUCAUCUCAGAAGUUCCAGUCACAUAUGUGGAGUCAGAUGUUGGUUUCCACAUCUGGAUUUUUGAAAUCCAUUUCAAAUGUCUCUGGCAAAGACAUCCAGCCCUUAAUAAAGCAGUGGGUAGACCAGAGUGGAGUAGUAAAAUUUUAUGGAAGUUUUGCAUUUAAUAGAAAACGAAAUGUCUUAGAACUCGAAAUAAAGCAAGAUUAUACAUCCCCUGGAACUCAGAAAUAUGUGGGACCACUUAAAGUAACAGUACAGGAGUUAGAUGGAUCUUUCAAUCAUACACUGCAAAUUGAAGAGAACAGCCUUAAACAUGAUAUUCCCUGCCAUUCCAAAAGCAGAAGGAAUAAGAAGAAAAAAAUCCCACUGAUGAAUGGAGAAGAAGUUGACAUGGAUCUUUCUGCAAUGGAUGCAGAUUCUCCUUUGCUGUGGAUAAGAAUAGACCCAGAUAUGUCAGUACUGAGGAAGGUAGAGUUCGAGCAAUCUGAUUUUAUGUGGCAAUAUCAACUCCGCUAUGAAAGGGAUGUUGUGGCACAACAGGAAUCCAUCUUGGCGUUGGAGAAGUUCCCUACACCCGCGUCUCGCCUUGCACUCACUGACAUCUUAGAACAAGAGCAGUGUUUCUACCGAGUGAGAAUGUCAGCUUGCUUCUGUCUUGCAAAGAUUGCAAAUUCAAUGGUGAGCACAUGGACAGGACCACCAGCAAUGAAAUCACUCUUUACUAGGAUGUUUUGUUGUAAAACUUGUCCAAACAUUGUGAAAACAAACAACUUUAUGAGCUUUCAAAGUUAUUUUCUACAAAAGACUAUGCCAGUUGCAAUGGCUUUGUUAAGAGAUGUUCAUAAUCUUUGUCCUAAAGAGGUCCUAACAUUUAUUUUAGACCUAAUCAAAUACAAUGACAACAGAAAAAAUAAGUUUUCAGAUAACUAUUACCGUGCAGAAAUGAUUGAUGCUCUGGCCAACUCUGUUACACCGGCAGUCAGUGUGAAUAAUGAAGUUAGAACUUUGGAUAAUUUAAAUCCUGAUGUGCGACUAAUUCUUGAGGAAAUCACCAGAUUUUUGAAUAUGGAAAAACUACUUCCAAGUUACAGACAUACCAUUACUGUCAGUUGCUUGAGAGCCAUAAGGGUGCUUCAGAAAAAUGGACAUGUGCCAAGUGAUCCAGCUCUUUUUAAAUCUUAUGCUGAAUAUGGCCAUUUUGUGGACAUCAGGAUAGCAGCUUUGGAAGCAGUAGUUGACUAUACUAAAGUGGACAGGAGUUAUGAAGAACUGCAGUGGCUACUUAAUAUGAUUCAGAAUGAUCCUGUACCCUAUGUAAGGCAUAAAAUCCUAAAUAUGUUGACUAAGAAUCCACCAUUUACGAAGAACAUGGAGUCUCCCUUAUGCAAUGAAGCCCUGGUAGAUCAACUUUGGAAACUUAUGAAUUCUGGUACUUCACACGACUGGAGGUUACGGUGUGGUGCUGUGGACUUGUAUUUCACACUUUUUGGUCUCAGUAGACCUUCCUGUUUACCCUUGCCAGAGCUUGGGUUGGUUCUUAAUCUAAAGGAAAAAAAAGCUGUGUUGAAUCCUACCAUAAUUCCAGAGUCCAUAACAGGCAACCAAGAAGUUACAAGUAAUCCAAGCAGUCACGCACAGCAAAUUGGAUUUCAGAACCCAGAAGAUGAUCACCUUGCCAAGGAAGCAUCAUGUAAUAUAUCAGCUCAUCAGCAGGGAGUGAAGAGGAAGGCUGACACACCACUGGGGUCCCCACUAGAACCUGGUCAAAUUCUGGAGAAGAAUGAGGAUAGCAGUAAAGUCAAACUCAAAAUCAGAUUUUCAAGUUCUCAAGAUGAGGAAGAGAUUGAUAUGGAUACUGUUCAUGAUAGUCAGGCCUUCAUCUCCCAUCAUUUGAACAUGCUUGAGAGGCCAUCAACUCCAGGGCUUUCUAAAUACCGACCAGCUAGUUCCCGAUCUUCUUUAAUGCCCCAGCAUUCAUCAGGCUGUGACAUCACACCCACCACAAAACCACAGUGGAGUAUGGAACUUGCCCGUAAGGGAUCAGGAAUUUACUUGGGUAUUUUUAAUCUUGAAGGUAAAGAGCAGUCACCUUUGGAGAUGAGUAUGCAUUCUGCAGUAGCGGCUCCUCUCUCAGUAUUUGCUAAGGAAUCUGCAUCCUCCAAACACAGUGACCACCAUCACCAUCAUCACCAUGAACACAAGAAAAAGAAGAAGAAGCACAAGCAUAAGCAUAAACACAAGCACAAAACCCAAACGUAAAGUGAGAACAAAGACAAGGACAAGGAGCUUUGGCUUUCUCCAGCCCUGCCUAUACAAGUGCACGUUCUCUCUGAGACUGAGAAAGGGACAGAGACCCUUUCCCCUCUGUGUCCAGAAGAUACAUCGAUGCAGCUUUGUUCUCUAAAGAAUGACAAAGGGGAAAGUGGAGAAUCCAUUGAAGUUCUAGGCACUUGACAUAUAUACAAUUGAUUUCUAAUUAGGAAAUUGCAUUUUAUGGUUCUGGAUAAAGUGUUUCAUCCCUUGUUUUCUGCACACACACACACACAGCAAACUUCUUUUUACAAAAAGCCCUCGUUUCCAUUGGCAGUCCCAUUGACAUCAUGGUCUCUAUGUGUACUGCCAAAGUCAAUUAUGUUUGAAAGCCUUUGAUGGAUGUUAUGGGAUAAACUUGUGUUUCAAACAGUAGCAACUGCCAAAUUUGUGGUGUAACCACUGUUUCCAUCGAAAUACUGUAUAACACCACGUGGAACUGCCGAAAAGAAGAAGGCUUUCUGUAGGACAUUUCCUCUUGCACUUUUUUUUUGUGCUGACCAGACAGGUUAAAGUAAUUUUUGAACAAAGAAUAUGCUGUAUUUCCCUUUCCCUGAACUACCAAAGUUUUUGGAAGAGGUUAACUUUUUAACAAAAAAAGUUUAAGUGACUAUCUUUUGAUUACACAUUCGGCUGUUAAAAUGUUGGAGUUUAGCAAAAUAACCGUAUCAAAGUUGUUCUCAAAUCAAGAUGCUUCAAUUAUAAGUUUUGUUCUCCAUGUAAAUGAGUAGUUCACAUGUAAAAUAUGUUUUGCCAGCUGUUCACUCACACAACACAUAUUCUUUGUAAAGUUUUGUAUAUCACAAAAUAAGUUUAUAUGUUGUUUGUUUGAUCUUCACACCAAUAGGUCUCAAGCAUCUUAAAAACACAGAUGUUUUGAUUUUAUAGUUUGUAUUGUUGUGUACUUUUUAUUUUUAUUUCUGCAUUUACCAUGUUCUUUAUUGUUUAAGAAUGUUUUUCAGGUCUCUUCACUUUUUAAUCAUUUUCCUUAGUAAAAAAAAAAAAGUUGACAGAAUUCUUAUUCCCAAAAUAGAUACUUCAAAAAGGAAUCCAAUAACAUUGGACUUUUAAUGUACUUUUAGUUAUAUUUAACUUGUUUAAUAAAUAAUUUUUUAAAUGGA